GAUAACUUGGUUGUUGAGACCGGUGUGUAGGCGUAUUAUGCGCUGAGUCUCGAGCCAGUAUAAACAGAGAACACACAUCUUAUUGUUUACUGGAGCUUAAACAGAGGUGGUGGGAAAUGGUACUGUAUGAAGCUUUGUGAAUCAUUGCAUAACAUUGUGUCCAUGCGUGUGUGUGUGUGUGUAGGGAAAGGACCUGCUCACCCAGAAGAUCCCCGUGUGGCAACAGGCCUGCUCUGACCCCAACAAGCUGCCGGAGCGGGCCAUGCUCCUGGCCCAGCAGAUGGGCUCCGGGGGGGGCACCCUGGGGGGCUCCAGCCCCCUGCACACCUCCAAGUCCAACCUUGUCAUCUCGGACCCCAUCCCAGGGGCCCAGCCUCUGCCCGUCCCUCCAGAGCUGGCUGUGUUCAUGGCCGGUGGGGGGCUGGGACACCAGGCGAGGCUGAUGGGCCCGGACGGCAUGUCUUUGGUGAACGGAACAACAGGGGUCCACGGGGAGGAGUUCUGGACCGAGGGAGGCGGGUCCCAGGUCAGGCCCUCCUCCCCCCAGACCCAGGCCCAGCCUCAGCCCCAGCCUCAGCCCCAGAGACAGGUCAGCGAGGUCUACUCCAACACCCUGCCUGUCCGCAGGCCCGCCCCAGCCAAGAACAAGACGUCCGUGGGAGAGACACGGACCCUGCCCAGGUCCAGCUCCAUGGCGGCCGGCCUGGAGAAGAACGGCCGUGCCCGCGUCCAGGCCAUCUUCUCGCACGCGGCCGGCGACAACGGCACCCUCCUCAGCUUCUCCGAGGGGGACAUCAUCACCCUGCUGGUCCCCGAGGCCCGCGACGGCUGGCACUACGGGGAGAACGAGAAGAACAAGAUGCGAGGUUGGUUCCCCUUCUCCUACACGCGUGUGCUGCCUGAGAGUGACAACGAGAAGCUCCGAGUCAAUCUCAACCACGGGAAAAGCAGCAGCACCGGAAACCUGCUGGAGAGUGACAUGACCCUGCCCAUGCCUGACUACGGCCUGACCGCCCGCCUGCUGGCACAGAGCCUGGCGCAGAGCCGCCCCCGGCCCUACAGCAUGGCAGGCUUCACCACACAGCCUCCCAUUGAGGACUAUGACAGUCGCUUCGCUACAAGUUUGGGUCCAGAAUUGUCCCGGUUCUGAGAAAACAGGACCUCCCGAUCAAGCCCUGGAGCUUUACCUCCGCUCCAACUUCACAGACGACAGAUCUGCACCCAUCUUCUACUAACCACCCCUGUGCUCCCACCUUCACCCGCCACCCACACCAACCCCCCCCCCCCUCCCAGUCCCCACGCCUGCCCCCCCCCCCACACUGUCUCUGCAAAGGGGUUGAUGCUGGCAGUAGUAGGUCAAAUUGGACCGCCUUCAUAUCACUUUGGUGUUUACAUGUUGUUAUGUGUAAAUGAAUGUACAGUAUAUCAGAUCAGUUUCAUGCUGAGGGAAGGUGGUAGAGUUUCUGAAUUAGUCGGCGCCCGUGCAGCACUGCGACUGACCGUCUCGCCAUGACCGGUGUUAAACGCACAGGUCGGGUCUUUUUAGGUACCAUGUUACGACACAGCGCGCUCCAGUAUUCUUUGAUACCACUUUGUAAAUAUUGUGUAGAUUCACCAGAUCAGAACGCCACACGUUCAGCACACACUGCAUUACCCUCUUAUCUUAUUUUGAAGCAAAACCUGCUACUGUAAUCUUUACUCAAGUCAAGGUAGGACCUAAACGAUGUUACAGAUCUAGGAUUUCUAGCCUUACAAUGACGUGUACAGUGAUUUAAGGUAACCUAUUAUACUAGUUAUGCUUUUAAUUCCUAGGCCGUUGUCGUGCUACAGCAAGUUAUAAUACAGUACCAAUUCAUAUGGAGACUGUGCCUUCUAUUGUUUGUAAAAUACUCAUUGCAGCCUCUGGCUCAAAUCACCAUCCGAUCAACACUGCUAUUAUCAAAGGGACUUGCAUAAGAACUGUGCGCGUGUGUAUACUAAUUCAUCAUUUCUAAAGAAAUAUAUUUGCCCUGCACUUUUAGUUUUUCAAGAUUUAAUUUACUGUAAAAAAAAAUCAUGGAUUGGCCAACACUCCUUUUUUUGCUAACUACUUCAUACUGCAGAUACUGGAAUUGUAAAGAAGAUUGAUACUGGAAAAGGACACCUGAUUUCUCUGUAGUCCAGACACAAAAUGGGCACACUACAGUAGGUAGCUGCCAUGUUGUAUGUAACGGUACAUUUUUUCUAUAUAUGUCAGAUUUAGUUCCCUGUCUUCUUAUUGACAUCAGAAUGUUAGAAGUGUAAUCAUGUCAUCUUUGUAACAAACCCGAGGACACUGCUAGGUUUCAAAUUGGUCACAAAUGGGAGAUAAUGGCUAUGAAUGAGUGUUCGCAAGAGCUACAGAGAAACCGACCAAAUGAGUUCAUACAUCCUUCCUGGCUGAUAGAGGCGUAUACAGUAGGUAUUGUAGGCCUGAGGAUAGGAUUGGACAGGUUCUGCAGGGUUAGCAAAUGCAUUUUAUACUGUUUUAUAUUUUUCUCACUUUGUCCAGUGUGCUGUUUGUGUUUAUAUCUGUGCUGUACAGGAAGUGCACACCCAUGAAAUAAAAUCAAUGGAUGCAACACUGGA